CGCUGGAGAAAUGUGGAGCGCGUUAAUGAACGGCUCGGGGCUGCACGCUGGUGGGGGCGGAGCUGGUGGGGGCUACGUCCCGUCUCAGGGAUGGGAGUUUGUGCCGUGCUCCGGGAUGGAGAGGGCGGAUAGAGGCAGGGGGAAGAGUCGCAGCCCGUCGAGGAGGAUCUCCUCUCCGCCCACCGUCUUCAGUCACAUCUACGAGUCUCAGUUCGGCGCUCCGCCGGGUGGAGGAGAAGGUGGAGCAGGGACACAGCUUGAGAUCCGCAGGGGACAAAUAUGGCCGGGGCCCGAACCCCAGCAGCAGCAAACACAACACACGCGGCUGAAAAAGAAAUUUGAGGAUUUGAAAAAGCGACACGUUAAGGAUAAGGAGGAAUGGAUGCGCGAGAAGGAGUCAUUGUUGAGAGAAGUAGCUGACAUACAAGUGAUUGGAUAUAUUUACACCUUUUGAAAGCUAAAUAUACUUCUGUGUGUGCCUAGUGCGUGUGUGGUACACAUGCAUUCUUUUUUCUGCAGUAUUGAAUGGCAAUAAGUUGCAGUUUGUCAAUGAUGCCUAAUUUGAAGUCGGUGAAUUUGUUGUGUUUUGUGGUUUCAUAUCUUAUAUUCCCAGAAUAUUCUUCAGGGCUUCAAAUUUAAAUUGUGAUACACCAGUGUAAGCAUCAGUUUAGUAUAACGUUUUUAUUUCCUUCUCAUUUCCUCAGUUCCUACUGUAAGUUUCAAAUAUGCUUGUUCCUUUGGUUGACAAGAUUGCUGCAAACUGUUUCCAUGCAGGGAGGGGAGAACCGGAGGAUUCUGCUGGAACUGAAGACAGUUUUGGAGGAAGUGCAGGUGGAGGUGAAGAGAGAGGAGGAGAAGAGGAGCGAGCUCCAGCUGCAGUACACCAGAGACAGAUGUGCCUGGGAGCUGGGGAAGGCCGAGCUCAAAUGCAGGAUUGAGCAGUUGGAGGAUAGAGAGGGUGCUGGGUUUAUCAGCGGUGGGGUCCAGUCAGCAGCAGGUCCCGGCUCUGUGGCGUCACGAAGACAGCACGGCGAGACAUCCACACUCCGCCGAGAGAGGGAAGAGCAGCGGAGGCUCCUGGCGGACACGCAUUCGACGGCCAUGGACCUGCGCUGCCGCCUGGAGCACAAUGAGAGUGACUGGUUAAGAGAGAAAGCAGAGCUGCUGGAGAGGUUUGACGUGGAGAGGAGGGAAUGGGAUUGCCAGCUGAAGGAUAUGCAGAGGAAAAUAGAAGUGCUGUACUGUGACGUGAGAACCAAGCGAGAAGUGCAGGGCAGUGGGAGGCAGGACGACAACGAUGAUGUGCACAGGCUCAGCAUUCGCUCAACCACCUCCGGCUCCAGUCUGCUCAGUGACAACGAGCCGCUCAGCAGCAGCAGUCAGUCAGAACCAAGCAGACAUCCACCUUUACCUGGUUUUGGUCACAACAGAGACCUCAGUGGCAGGGAUUGUGUUGGCAGAGAUGGUCACCACUCCAGCUGCUUCCAAGCAGACAGCCUCUUUGGAUAUGAUAUUGGGGGUCAGUUCACUCAUUCACAACCUGAGCUGGUGGAUGAGUUAAGUUCUAGAGGCACUUGGCAGCAAGACUCAGCCACCGAUGGCAAGCAAGCUGCGGAUACAAUAGAGCUGGAGGCUAUGUUUCAUGGAGCGCCUGGAUGUGGAGUGCCACAGAAAAAUGUCUCAAACAGUAAUGAAAACAAUAUCCAUGUUCAUCCUGAAGAAAAGCCUCUCUGGGCAGAGCUGAGCUACGGCAGCGACAAGAAGAGGAACACCACUGCUCUCAAUGCUGCUCUGAAGGAGAUCGCCCGUGUAAGCGAGGAGCUUUGCAGCUACCAGGACGAGAUCAGAAGGAAGAGUGGGGAUAAGAGGAAUCGAUCUGAAUCCCUGUGCCUUCCUGAGGAGAGCAAGAUGUUGUUCGGCCGCGAUAAAACCCGGCUGGAGGUCGAUGAAGCUCCCUGCGAACUCAGCCAGAUUUGCGAUGACCUCCGGGCCUUGGAGAGGGAAAACUGGAUCACCUUGUCACCAGAAAGCACCUGGAGGGCAGACAGAGGGCCAAGCAAAUCCUGGAUAGCAAACACUGCUGAUCCAGAAAGCCACGGAGUAGCAAAGACAAGCCCUGGAUUACUCUCAGAGAUUGUGUCACAAUGUCCAGCCGUCCCUCCCCGCACCUCCUCCUGGAAUCUGAGCUCUCCCACUUUUCCUGACACAGAACUUUACAUCCCAGAAUCCCCCACGAUGACAGUGAGGAAGUGCCAUAGUCCCUGUGUUCUAGUUGACAAAAAAUGUAGCAGCCCAUCUAUUGUCAGGAAGUUUGAGGCUAUGCUACAGGAAAAUGAAGGAAAAGUUUUGAUAGACGGUGUUGUAGCAUCAAGCCCCGUACCUGCUAAAUCUGAAUGUAUUAAUAAGGGCUGCUGCCACAAUCGCUGGUCCUGUGACGCAAGCAAGUUCACAAGCAGUAAGCUGUCGACUUACGGGACUGUCCAGAAAAGCUUCUCUGAAGUCAACAUAUUGACUGCUGGCAAGAACUUGCGCUCAGAUUACUGCCCUGGUGUUGGGAGCCUAAAAAGCCCUGAGCUACAAAUACCUCAGAUUGUCAAAGAAUUACCUUUAGAUUUGCUCUUGUCCUCUCUUGAAAUACCACCUGCUGGCCCCAACCUCCACGGCUCCAAGAGAAACAUAAUGCUGGAACAAAAAACAGCUGAGUUCAACAGAACCUUGUUUCAGGCUGAGAUGGGCCGUAGAGGCGUAGAAGGACGAGACAGUUUUACAGUAACAGAUGCCUGCUCUGUGGGUUCUCCAACUUGUGCAUCAGAUGAGAUAUUACCUCCCGGGGAGACAACAUUUCAGCCACUUUGUACUGAUGUCACCACUAGCGUCAUGGGUGUGCAUCCUGAAAUCGCGUUGUCUCUUUCCACCUCAAAUUCCACAAUUCAGAACCCCGAGGUCCAAUCAAGGCGAAUGAGAUGUGGUGCUGAAGGCCAAGGGGUAAGAAUGAAGCAAGGAAUCCUUUCUGACCUUUCAUCUGAGCAGCCAAGGCUUGGAAACAGUGUGGAGACAACGCACCAUUGGGAGGUCAAGCACAAAGUUCAAACAGCAUGCAGUCCUUCCAGGAAAGCACAACACAGAGCGGCCACAGAGGCUCUGUUUUCUGAGCCUGUCUUGCCUGCAAAUACCCAGCCAGGUCAGAGUGUGGAUGGUUCCAGCUCCGAGAAUGAGAAUCCCCACGGAGCGAAGUCAGUUGGUGUCUCACUCCAGCAGCCGUCUGCUGAGAACAAACAAAGACAGAUGACACAGCCAGGGCAGCAGGCACAGCUACGGCAUGCGUCGGCUUUUCCUUCCCAGCCUGACUCCUCCAGACCCGGGCCUCGAAUGAUGAACGACCAUCCCUGGAAGGCCCUCACUCUGGCUGCGUACCCACGGCCAGAGGGAUCCAGAUCCAACUACGGGGCAGUGGAGAGGAUUCUGAAGAAUUAUGAGAGUGCAGCCCGGGCUCACCAGAACCAGAACCAACCCAACGAGAUGGAUUCUAGUCCCAACGCCAGUGUCAGGCAGGAGGAGAACGUGACCGAACUGGACAUGCUGGACAUUGACCCUCUGCCCUUACCUCCCACUCUGAGACACACACAGACUUCAAGCUCCUCACAGAAGCACACCACACAUGCACAGUUCAGCAGCCACAGUGCCAUGGGUGUGAAAGAGGUACAUCUAACAGUGCAGGAGAACGACGUGACCCCCGUCUCCUCCUCAGCUCAGAAGAACUUCUCCAGGCCUGCCCGUCCAACCAACCGACGCCUCCCCUCCCGAUGGGUCAGCCGCUCCCCCACUUCCUCCUCCUCCUCCUCUCCCUCUACCACCCCUGUUGUGCCUCCAUCCUUCGCCCUCCAGAAACACAGUUCCUCUUUUACCUACUCGCACGCCUUUCACAUGGAGACUGUCAUUAUUUGACCUCCACCUCCCCGUAUGAUUGAACCAACGAGAAGCCCUCAGCGACAACCUCAGAACACUGAACGUUCCUUUUCAUUGCUAUUGUACAUACCACACCCAGACUGCUUCUCCACUCCUACAGACUCAGAAGUGCUUUAGUUCACCAACUCACCUUUUAGAAUGUAUGUGGCAUCCAGCAGAGACUAACUGACCAAGGAUGCAAGGAAAGGAUCUGAAGCAGCUUCACUUAUUCAGCAGUGUGCUCCGAUGAACCCGCCUGAUGAACCAGGCAUCAUGCGUAGCCUCAGAGGACAAUGAAAACGCGUCAUUCAUUCAUGCCAACCAUCGGAAUGGAUGUCCUUUACUCUGGUCUGGAUUCUAGCCUGGACUAGUGUAGCCUUGCAGAUCUGCCAACAGACCUUCUGCUACUGCUUAGUUCUAUAUACUGCAUUUACACCUUUAAAGUCAUACUUGGUCAUAUUCAAAUGAUCCAAAUACUUCCAGACAAAAUUAAAUCCAGGAUGAUGUAUUAAAUACGUACUGUAUUUUGUGCGCAACAUGUUUUGUGUACCUUUUGCACAAACUAUCAUGUUUCAUACACAAUAUGCAGCAUCAUGGAUUCAUGGAUAGAGAUAAAGGCAGUGGAGCAGAGAGUUCCCCGUGGCAUCACUCUGUGUGCUGAAUUAAGCCGUGUUAGUUUCUGCCUUCUUGAAUAUGUCCUACAGUACAUGCCUGGACUGUACCUUGCCUGUGACUAAAACACUUUGCUUUACAUUCAUGACUGGCUUUACAUUUUUCAUUACAGUAACACGAAAAUGUGAACGUGAGGUCCUUUUUUAUAACUUUGUACCAAAGGCUGGUUUUUUUUUCUGCAUUUUCCUGAUUUGAAAAUGAAAUACAUUGUUUGUGACAGCAUUUAUUUUUGCUGUCCCACCCAUUGCUUAUGUUUUCCAAUCAAAAUGUAUGUUAAACACCGUUCACGAGAGCCUGCUUUUGUGCUUAACACAAAUAAUGAUGCUUAUGUAAAACAGAUUAAAAGGCCUUUUUCUACUUUUACUAAUUCUGAAUGGUCACAUAUCAGGACAUUACUCAGCUGAGUAGUACAGUCAGUUUUGUGGGUGAAAGUGGUGAACCAUAUGAUGAAGGUGAUACCUUUGCUGUUCUUUUUGUGUAAUAAACAUAAGGACUU